CUUGCCCAAAAAAACUUGCUGAAGGGGAUUGAUUGACAAGUAUGGCUGACCCUGAGUCCUCUGCAACUGCAUCGGCGGCAAAGAGUGAGAAGAAGCGCAGCUUCACUGUGACAGAGAAACUCAAGGUGGUUGAAGCCUCCAAGGCGCAGUCGCUGCGCUCUGUCGCUCGUCAGUACAAUGUGGAUCGCAACUGCGUCCGCGCGUGGCGAGACAAGGAGGCCGAGCUCUCAGCGAUGCACCCGACAGCCAAGCGACUUCCGGGCGCAGGACGGCGGCCGUCUACGGGCCCAGUGUCAUCUGUACCAGCAGAAAAUAAACGUGGCGUGGAGAUCUCGCCGCGUAAACGCAACGAAAGCAAGAAACCCAAGACGGAAAGUGAGACCAAAGUGGAGACAGACGGGACUCAGCAGGAGACGGUGGUGGCGGAACAGGAGCUACAACAGCCAGUUCAACCGGCACCUCUGUCAACUAACUACGUGCUGGUAGGGUUCCAGGGCAAGGAGGGCGCGUUCUCGGAGGUGGCGGCUAAGAUGGCGUUUGAGGAACUGCGAACGGCCAAUGCGUUGACACCCAGCGACUUCAUGACGGUGGGAUUUUCCCACAUGCAUGAUGUGAUGGAAGCCGUAGAAAGGAACGAGCUGGCGUUCGGUGUGCUGCCUGUGGAGAACUCGAUUUCGGGCACUUUUCACGGCAAUUUGGACCGACUAGUGGCCUCCCAUUUAAAGAUUGUGGGCGAGGUCGCUUGCGUGCAAGAAUUAUGUUUGUGCGUGCUGCCAGGUGUAGCUAUGAACGAGGUUAAACAGUUAUCGUCACACCCGGCAGUGCUAGAUCACUGUGAGAGUUAUAUCUGCGCCAUGGAGCGUAGAUUGGGCAUGAUUAUCGAGCGCAACGCAGCGUGGGAUAGCGCUGGCGCUUGUCAGACGGUCAAACACGAAGAAAAACGUCACGUGGCGGCAAUUGCGAGUGAACACGCUGCACAUGCGCAUGGAUUGGUGGUCCUGGAACGUGGAGUUGGAGACGAACUAAACAGCGAGACGCGCUACAUGAUUCUCGGACGACUUGACGCGACACCGCUGCCACUUAGCGCAUCACUAAGAGUCGCAAGCAUCAGCACUGGCCCUGCCACAACUACAAAGUCUAGCAUCGUUGUGGCUGUUCCUAACGAACCUCAGGCUCUAUUCAAGGUCGUCUCGGCUUUCGCUCUCCGAAACGUGAUGAUCGUCAAGAUCGAGAGCCGUCCAGCAGCUACUGCAGGAAGUCUCUUUACAGCCCAGACAACGCACUGGGAUUACAUUUUCUACAUCGACUAUAUCACGAGUCAGGAUCCGACACAGGAAGCGAGACUACGUAGCAAUUUGGAGGAGUUCGCUCUCUGGGUGAAAGACCUUGGCACGUACUCGAGCAGCGGCGAAGAUAUUGGCAUGGACGCCUCGUGCUACAGCGUCGAGCUCGUCAAGGGCGCGUACGGCCUCGGUAUUUAUUUUGCAGCCGCAUCGGAUGCCUCCCACGCCAUCGUAGACACUCGAGUGCCGUUCUACCGCCUCCCGUCCGGUGCUUUAGCGCCUGGCGAAGCCAGUGGAGCCAUCACACCCGGUGAUUUGUUGUUGUCCGUGAACGACAGCGACGUGUCGACUCUGCGCUUCCCUCAAAUCGUAGAGCAGCUUCGGCAGGUGCCGAGAGGUCCUGUGACGCUCGUUUUCCAGGCUCGGAAUGCGUCACCGGAGAUGGAGGGAGAAACUCUUGCGGACAAGAAAACGCAUCAGCAGGACACAGACGAGAAAGAGCGACCUAAGGGCUGGACGAUGUUCCAGCGACUGAGUGUUAGUGCCGCGGCGAUCGCGACGGCAAACUCAUUACCAACGUCGAGCGAGGCGACGGAGCUGGAAGGAAAGCUGCGAGAGGUGGAGUCGGCGCUCUCUAGAGAACAGAAGUGUCGCUUCUUAGCGGAGAGAAAGAACGUGCUGUAUCGCAAUGAAUUGCUAAGGGUCAGCCAGGAGAACGCCGCGUUGAGAGACCAAUUGGCACAGCUUGAACGUGCACACAAGCGCCGCGACAUGUUCGUCACGGAGUCGCUGCAUCUAGCGAUCUAGGCUUUUGUUAGGUAGCGUGAUAUUUGGUUGUUCAUUUCUAAAGUCGUUGUUCAUGUCUUGA